AUAAGAUAAUGAUGUUUAAAUACUAGAUAAAAAUAAAGUUUAGGGAAACAAGUAAGUUAUAUAUGUAAAAGGACCACAAGAAGCAGCCCAAUUAAAUAAUGAAAAAUAAAUAAAAAUGUCUUUUACUUUUAUUUGUAAUGAUGUAGUUAAUAAUGUCCUUGAAAGUUAAGGACUUUCUAUAUUAAAUUAAUUACUUUUACAUAAUUUUAAUUCUCCAUUAUAUUAAGCUUUAUUAGAAUCUGGAGUAGCACCUUCUUAUACUCCGGGAACUGGAUAUGAAAGUGGAAUUAAAUAAGGAAUGUUUAAUAUUGGGGUUUCAGGUAUUAGUAAAUAAUAAAUAUAGGAAGUUGAAGAUGUUAUAUUUAAUUGUUUAGAAAAAUCAUAAAUAGAAGGAUUUGAUAAAGAAACUAUAGAAGGAGUUUUACACUAAAUAGAAAUAAAUAAUAAGAUGUAAUAAUAAAACUUUGGUAUAAAUUUGCUUAUGAAUAUAUUGAAUUAAUAUAAUCAUGAUGGCGAAGUAAACUAAAUAUUAAAAAUUAGCGAAAACAUUAGUAUAUUAAGAGAAAAGAUAUUCAAAGAGAAAUAUUUAGAAUAGCUUAUAUAGAAAUACCUUAAUAAGAAAAAUGUUAGAAUAUAAUUAAUUAUGGAACCAGAUGAUUAAUAUCAUUAGAAAAUAGCUUAAUAAGAGUAAAUAAAAUUAGAAUAACUUGAAAAAAAAAUAGAUAAAGAAAAAAUUAUUUAAUAAAAUAAAAUUCUCUAAGAAUAAUAAAAUCUAAAAGAAGAUUAUGAAUGUUUACCUAAACUAGAAAUUUCUGAUAUUGAUAGGGAAGUAUUAAAAAAUGUCUUUACAUAAUAAACAUAUAAGGAUAUUCCUAUAUAUUUUAAUAAUUAAAAUACUAAUGGUUUAACCUUUUUAAGAAUUUAAUUCGAUCUUGAAUAAGUUCCUUUAUAUAUCAGAAAAUAUAUAAAUAUGUUUAGUAUUUUUUUGAAUAAAAUUGGAACAAAAUCCAUUAAUUAUAAAGAUUUCUAAAAAAAACUUAGUUUAUAUUCAACUAAUUUAUCCUUUAAUUAUGAAUCUUCUAAUCCAUAUAAUUUCGAUGAAACUAAUAAUAAUAAACCUUUAAAUUAUGGACUUCUUUCAAUUGCAUGUAUUGAUAAAAAUAUUGAUUAAAUGUGUGAAUUAUUAUAAGAAUUGUUAACAGCCCCAGAUUUUAAAGAUAUGUAAAAUAUAAGUACUAUAUUAAGAAAUUACAGUAAUGAUAUAUCAAAUAAUAUUAUUGAAUAAGCACUUUCAUAUAGUGUUAGUGUAUCUUAAGCAUCUUUAAUGGAAAAUUGUUUUAUAAAAGAAAAAUUAAAUCAUACAAGAUUUUUAUUUUAAUUUACAAAUAAUUUUUUGUAAAAAAAUAAUAAUAGUAUGUUGUAUUUAGAUGAUUUAAAUUUCCAUAUGAAUAGUAUAAUGUAAUUUAUGAUGAGAAAAAACAAAAUAAAAUUUAUAGUAUACGGAAAUUAAUAAAAUUUUGAUAAAACCUACUAAAAUAUAUCAAAAAUAAUUGAUAAUUUAACUUAUGCAUUUUCAGCUUUUAAAUAUAAAGCCGAAUAAUCUAAAAUUUACGAUAAUCCUUUCCAAAAAAAAUACAUAAGUAAAUAUUUUGCAUUAGAUUCUUAAGUAAAUUAUUGCGUAUAAUCCUUUGAAAUGCCAAACUAUACUAAUAAAGAUACCCCUAAAUUAUAACUUUUAGGCUAAUUAAUAGGAGAUGUAGUCCUACAUAAAGAAAUAAGAGAAAAAGGAGGAGCUUAUGGAAGUGGAUGUUAGUUUAUGGAUGGAACCUUAAAUUUAUUUAGCUAUAGAGAUCCUAAUACUUUAGAAACAUUCAAAAUUUAUUAAAAUGCCAUUAAGUAAAUUAGUAAAGGAUAGUUUGAUGAAAAAAAUAUUGAAGAAUCUAAAUUAAGUUUAUUUAGUAAAAUAGAUUAAAUCAUAAAACCUUAAGAUAGAGGGCUUGCUUAUGUUUUAGAAAAUAAAACUGAUGAAAUGAGAUAAUAAUAUAGAUAAGAAAUUAUUGAUGCUACCAGAGACGAUUUAGUCAGAGUAUGUAAAGAAUAUUUAGUUAAAAAAAUUGAAGAUAAUUAAUUUUCAAAAGUUGUAUUUGGAAACUAAUUAAAUGACUUAAAAGAAAUAGAAAAAGAAGGUUUUAUAAUUGAGGAACCUAUAUAUGGUUUAUAAAAUAAUGAAUGA